AUGGGCUCCGUGGCGGCGGACGCGCCGGAGGCGACGGAGACGGUGUUCCGGUCCAGGCUGCCGGACAUCGAGAUCCCGGCGCACCUCACGCUCCAGGACUACUGCUUCGAGCGGCUGCCGGAGGUGGCCGCCCGGCCCUGCCUCAUCGACGGGCAGACGGGCGCCGUGCACACCUACGCGGAGGUGUCAGAGCUCUCCCGCCGCUGCGCGGCGGGGCUGCGGCGGCUCGGCGUGGGGAAGGGCGACGUGGUCAUGAACCUGCUCCGCAACUGCCCGGAGUUCGCCUUCGUGUUCCUCGGCGCGGCCCGGCUGGGCGCCGCCACCACCACCGCCAACCCGUUCUGCACGCCGCACGAGAUCCACCGCCAGGCGAGCGCGGCCGGGGCGCGGCUGAUCGUCACCGAGGCCUGCGCCGUCGACAAGGUGCGCGCCUUCGCCGCCCUCGCCGCCGACGAGCAGGUCGACCCCGACGACGUGGUGGCCCUCCCCUACUCGUCCGGCACCACGGGGCUGCCCAAGGGCGUCAUGCUCACCCACCGCAGCCUCGUCACCAGCGUCGCGCAGCAGGUGGACGGGGAGAACCCGAACUUGUAUUUCGGCCCGAAUGACGUACUGCUGUGCGUGCUGCCGCUGUUCCACAUCUACUCGCUCAACUCGGUGCUGCUGGCGGGGCUGCGCGCCGGGUGCGCGAUCGUGAUCAUGCGCAAGUUCGACCACGGCGCGCUGGUGCGCCUGGUGCGCGCGCACGCGGUCACCGUGGCGCCCUUCGUGCCGCCCAUCGUCGUCGAGAUCGCCAAGAGCGACCGGGUGACGGCCGCCGACCUCGCGUCCAUCCGCAUGGUCAUGUCCGGCGCGGCCCCCAUGGGCAAGGACCUCCAGGACGCCUUCAUGGCCAAGAUCCCCAACGCCGUGCUCGGGCAGGGGUACGGGAUGACGGAGGCCGGGCCGGUGCUGUCCAUGUGCCUGGCGUUCGCCAAGGAGCCGUUCGGGGUCAAGUCGGGGUCGUGCGGCACGGUGGUGCGGAACGCGGAGCUCAAGAUCGUGGACCCCGACACCGGCGCCUCCCUCGGCCGCAACCUGCCGGGGGAGAUCUGCAUCCGCGGCAACCAGAUCAUGAAAGGUUACCUAAAUGACCCAGAGUCCACAAAGAACACCAUUGACAAGGACGGUUGGCUGCAUACUGGAGACAUUGGCUAUGUCGAUGAUGACGACGAGAUCUUCAUUGUCGACAGGCUCAAGGAGAUAAUCAAAUACAAGGGAUUCCAAGUACCUCCUGCGGAACUCGAAGCCCUUCUCAUCACACACGCCGAAAUCAAAGAUGCUGCUGUCGUAUCGAUGCAAGAUGAACUUACUGGUGAAGUUCCAGUUGCAUUCAUUGUGCGGAUUGAAGGCUCUGAGAUCAGCGAGAGCGAGAUCAAGCAGUUCGUUGCAAAAGAGGUCGUUUUCUACAAGAGGAUCCACAAAGUUUUCUUCGCUGACUCGGUUCCGAAGAGUCCUGCUGGCAAGAUCCUCAGGAAGGACCUGAGAGCAAAGCUUGCUGCAGGCAUCCCAGGCAGUGAAAGCACACAGUCCAAAAGCUGA